UUUUUAAGUGCGAGUACAAUUAAAAUAUGAAGUACAGAACAACUAGAAGUGCAUUUAGAGCAAAUUAGUCAUAAAAAGGGACGUUUGCCUCCAAACAAGGUGAAAGUAAUUUCUUAAAAGCCAACUGUAACGGAACUUACAACGAAAAAAUCGAUGAAUUAACUUAAUUUAACGACACACCAGUUUGUUAUGUAUAAGAUGGAUAUCUUUCUUGUGUUCUGCUCCACACUUAUCGUGCUGCUGAUCUAUCUACGUCACAAGUAUCAAUAUUGGCAGCUGCUUGGAGUGCCACAACUGAAAAUGAAUUAUAUUUUCGGCAACUUGUUUCGCAUAAAGACGAUACAUACAACGGAACUCAUUCACGAAGUAUAUCAGCAGUUUCGUGGUGAAGCAAAAUUGGUCGGCACAUACAUUUUCACACAACCUAUUGCUAUUGUUUUGAAUUUAGACUUGGUAAAGUCUAUACUAAUUAAGGAUUUCAACAAAUUUACGGAUCGCUUUAUACAACGGAAGAUUGAUAGCGUUAUCACAGAUAAUCUUUUUCGCCUGCAUGGCGAUCAGUGGCGUCCAUUGCGUACGAAGCUUACACCGACCUUCACAUCGGCGAAAAUGAAGUUUAUGUUUCCCACGGUGGUGACAGUGGCGAGUCAAUUAGAUGCGGUUUUCGACUCACUAUUGGCCAAUAAGCGAAGCGUCGAUGUAGAAUUACAUGAUAUGAUGGGUCGCUUUACAACCGAUGUGAUUGGUCAUUGUGUCUUCGGUGUUGAGUGUAAUAGCUUAAAGGAUCCUAAUGUGGUAUUUCGUCGCAUAGGUCACCGUAUUUUCUAUCCACGUUAUCUCUCUAUACGUCUACGUACCUUUAUGGUUACAUAUCCCGCUAUAUACAAAUUUCUGAAAUUAUUCAAUAUCAAAGAAACUCCUAAAGACGUUGAAGCCUUCAUACUGCAGCUGGUACGUGACACAGUGCGUCUGCGUGAAGAGCAGAAUAUUCAACGUAAUGAUUUCCUCAAUUUGCUGAUUGAGUUGAAAAAUUCCAAAGAUUUAAAGGGCUUGCCUCCAAUGGGUAUUGAAGAGAUGGCUGCACAGGUGUUCGUAUUUUUUGCGGCUGGCUUUGAGACCAGCUCAAGUAAUAUGGCUUUUGGGCUUUUUGAGUUAGCGAAGAGUCCCCAAAUACAGGAGAAGUUGAGAGCGGAAAUUUUUAGUGUUUUGGAGAAACAUAAUGGUCAUUUGACUUACGAAGCUAUGAUGGAGAUGACAUAUUUAGACCUAGUUAUAACAGAGGUUCUCCGUAAAUAUCCAGCAUUCGCUGCUCUGACUCGUGUCUCCGUUGAUGAUUAUAAAAUACCUGGUACGAAUAUAACACUCGAGAAGGGCACAAAUAUAUACAUACCAAUGAAAGAAAUACAUUAUGAUCCGGAAAUCUAUGAGAAUCCAAAAGAAUUCCGCCCAGAGCGAUUCAACCCGGAAGAAGUGCAGAAACGUCAUCCACAAGCUUUCCUUGGUUUCGGUGAUGGCCCGCGUAACUGUAUUGGCCUACGCUUUGGAAAUCUUAUCGCUUCAGCUUAUCGGAGAAGACACCAACCGAAUUAGAGAUUUCCAAAUAUAGUAUUGUGCUUGUACCCCACACCAAAGUGUGGCUGAAAGUAGAGAAGCUGUGAAGAUAAAACUUCUUUGUUGUUUAGAGAGUUUAAGUUGAAUGAUUAAAUAAAAUUAAGAUAAUAUAAAACUAUAUAGAAAAUACAAAAAUUAAGGUUAAAUUAGAGGUGCUAUAGUCAUAACCAUACCCAAAGCUGAUCGAACCAACUUUACGGUAAUAAUAAUGUACUAUACACUUGAUGCAAUUUUUUGUGCUACAGUUAUCUUUAUAAUAAUCAGUUCGUGUUUACCGCAUUCUAUGUAAAUAAAUCUUGUUUUUAUUGGCGCUAAUA